UUCAGAAUGUUUCACAAAGGAGGGGAUGGGAAACCUAAAGGAUUUGGAUUUUCUGGAUUCUCGAUUUCCAAGAAAGAAGAGCAGGCCCCUAGUCAGUCUGGCUUAGGAGGGAUGCCUAGUGGAGGAUCCAGCAUUAUGCCGGGUAGAUCAUUUGGGUAUCACACAAACAUUGGCAAGAAGAGAGCAAGGAAUGAAGAUGAGUACUUUGAACAAGAUGAUGAUGAAGAUAAUAUGGCCUAUCAGCCAGCCCCGGGGAGUCCAGGGGAGGAGAAACCUGAGGACAGUGAUGAAGAAGACCCCCUAGAUGCUUUCAUGGCAGACAUUGAGACAGAGGUCAGGUCACAACAACCCAAAGAAACAGCAAAGGAAAAAGUAAAAGAGAAGAAAAAGGACAAAGGAGUCCGAGAUGAUAUUGACCAGGAAGAUGACCAGGAGUCUUUUUUCCGUUAUAUGGAGGAGAAUCCAAUGGCGGGUGUGGUUUUUGAUGACGAUGACACAGUUAUAGAAUAUGAUGAAGAAGGAAAUCCCAUCAUCCCAGAGAAAAAUAAAAUUAUUGAUCCCUUACCACCAGUUGAUCACAGCGAGAUUGAUUAUGGACCAUUUGAGAAAAACUUUUAUGUGGAGCAUGAGGAGAUAGCCAAACUACAACCAAAUGAAGUGGACGAGCUGCGGAAAAAACUGAGCAUAAGGGUGUCUGGUUUUAACCCUCCCAAACCGGUGUCAAGUUUUGCUCACUUUGGUUUUGAUGAAAAUUUGAUGAAUGCAAUCAGAAAAUCAGAAUUCUCACAGCCAACCCCCAUUCAGGCUCAGGGUAUACCAAUAGCUUUGAAUGGGCGUGACAUAAUAGGAAUAGCCAAGACAGGUAGUGGUAAAACAGCCGCCUUUCUGUGGCCAUUGCUAGUACAUAUCAUGGAUCAACGGGAGCUAGAAGAGGGGGAGGGACCUAUUGGAUUAAUUCUGGCACCAACGAGAGAACUGUCUCAGCAGAUUUAUCAUGAAGCAAAAAAGUUUGGCAAAGUAUACAACAUCAACGUGGUGUGUGCAUAUGGUGGGGGGAGUAUGUGGGAACAGACAAAGGCGUGUCAAGACGGCGCUGAGAUCAUUGUGGCCACACCUGGCCGACUGAUUGAUUUGGUGAAGAAAAAAGCGACUAAUUUGGAGAGAGUAACAUAUGUUGUAUUUGAUGAGGCAGACAGAAUGUUUGACAUGGGGUUUGAGCCUCAGGUGCGGUCUAUAGCUAACCAUGUUCGGCCAGACAGACAGACGAUGUUGUUUAGUGCAACAUUCAGGAAGAGAGUAGAGAAGCUGGCUCGAGACAUUCUGCUGGAUCCUAUACGUGUUGUACAGGGGGAAGCAGGGGAGGCUAAUGAAGACAUAACACAGAUAGUAGAAGUCCUACCCCUGGGUCCUGCUAAGUGGACUUGGUUGGUCAAAAGACUUGUAGAAUUUACAACCAUGGGCAGUGUGUUAAUUUUUGUUACCAGGAAGGCAAAUGCCGAAGAAUUGGCAACAAACCUAAGGGCAAGGGACAUGAAACUGGGUCUUUUACAUGGUGACAUGAGUCAGAUGGAGAGAAAUGAAGUCAUCACAACAUUUAAAAAGAAAGAAGUGCCAAUUUUAGUAGCUACAGAUGUUGCAGCCCGUGGUCUUGAUAUUCCCUCCAUUAAGACGGUUGUUAAUUACGAUGUUGCCAGAGAUAUAGACACACAUACACACAGGAUUGGUCGAACAGGCAGAGCAGGAGAGAAGGGAUUUGCUUACACCCUGGUUACAGACAAAGACAAGGACUUUGCUGGACAUCUUGUUCGUAAUCUGGAAACAGCUGGUCAGCAUGUCCCACAUGCUCUGUUAGAGAUCGCUGAAAAGAAUCCAUGGUUCAAGAAAAUCCGAGGCAAACAGGGCGGUAAAGGAAAGAAAUUAAACCUGGGGGGUAAAGGACUGGGAUUCAAGGAGAGGCCAGGAUUGGGUGCAGAAAGUAGUACCAGAGUGCAGGAUUCCACAAGUCUUGGAAGUUUUCGAGGAAUUGGGUCAUCAGCAGGACCUCAGAGUGAUCGACUGGCAGCCAUGAAAGCUGCAUUCUCUGCUCAAUUCAAAUCCAAUUUUGUGGCGGCUGAGUCCACGGGUAUGCCAAAGGUGGAACCGGGAGUUUAUAACCCCAUCAACAGCAGCAGCACCCGCAAGAAAAAGAGCCGGUGGAAUUAGGUCAUUUGUAAGUGGAAUUAGGUCAUUAUGCCAUACCAGGAAGCGUGAGUCAUUCAUCUAAAAUAGGGAUGAAGGAAGUUCCUCCCCGGUCCAUUUGAAGUGAAAUCUGAAUAGAUUUAGUUAUCACCUUUGGUGAAACAAUGUAGUUCAUCUGAUUUUGUAACAACAGUAUCUAUUCAGAAUAUUGUGAUUGGCGGUAAAAUCUUGUUGGCUAUUUUUCAGUGGUAGUUUAUAAACAUUUGUUGAAUAUGGACUGCUGAUUUUUACUGUGGUUCAGUGACACCAAACCAUAUGUUAUUCAAGCUUAAGAAAAUUGUUUGAACUGAUAAUUUUGAUUUUCUGAUGUAGAAUUACCAGCUUAUAAACUCACUUAAAUGUAAAUCAUGGAAGAAAAAUUUUUUCACAAUUAUGUUUAAUAUUUGUUUUGGUUUGAAUUAAUGUUAAUCUUGUUAGUGUUGCCUGAAAAACAAAUUUUAAUAUUUUUUUUAAAAUUCUAUGAAAUGGAGAUCUCAUCUCUUUGUACAGUGUACAUCAGUAAUUAAUCAAAAGUGAAAGUCUUGAAUUGGCAUUACAUGGAACUGUCAUGAAAAAUGUAUAUUUGUUAUAUUCAGAAUUAGAUUUUUAACCAUUUUUAUGUCAAUUAAGGCCAGGAAAAACAUGCUUGGGCCUUUUUAUGCAAGGAAAUCCAGUCUGCUCAUUUUUCUUUAAAAAUCUAGAUACAUGUAUGUGCUGAGGAGUGGAAAACACUAUAAAUUUUCUUUAAAGAUUGAGGUAUAUGUGUUAGCAAAUUCUCUUGUGACUUUUUUGUUUUAGUAUUUAAUCUGUGUCCAUACAUGUAAUUCAAUAUUUUUGAAGAUUCUAUUCUGAACAUUUUUAUUGUUCAUUAAGGUCUGACAAGACUUUUCCACAGAAAAAUAUAAAUCUAUGUAUACAGGGAAGUAAGGAUAUUAAAAUAGCUACAUGUAUUAAAGGUAAAUUUAAAAAAAAAAUCACCAUUGAAGCUUUUAUUUUUCUUCAUAAAUAAAGAAUUUUAGAAAGAA